AUGGCUGACAAAUCCCAAAAGCUCCAUGCAAUUUUCAUUCCCUACCCUCUUCAAGGCCAUGUUAAUCCUUCUGUUCAGCUCGCCCUCAAGCUUGCAUCUCAAGGUUUCACCAUCACCUUCAUUAACACAGAGUCUGUCCACAACCAAGCCUCCAAGGCUCACUCCAAAAAUGGAACCGAUAUUUUUGCCAAAGUCCGUGAUUCCGGCUUAGACAUUCGUUACAUGACCGUCUCUGACGGCUUGCCGGUGGGGUUCGACCGCUCCCUUAACCAUGAUCAGUUUAUGGCCGCCUUGUUACAUGUUUUCUCCGCCCAUGCUGAAGAUGUGGUGAACCAAAUUAUACAAUCUGGACAGAAGGUUCAUUGUUUGAUUGCUGAUACCUACUUCGUUUGGCCAUCGAAAGUUGCAAAGAAAUUCGGAAUGCUUUAUAUUUCAUUUUGGACAGAAACGGCUUUGGUCUUCACUUUGUAUUAUCAUUUGGAUCUUCUUAAACGUAAUGGUCAUUUUGCAUGCACAGAUUGUCGAGAAGAUGCCAUCACUUACAUUCCUGGUGUUAAAUCAAUCGAACUGAAGGAUACAACUUCCUAUCUUCAAGAAACUUGUAGUACAACAGUGUGUCAUCAAAUUAUAUCCAAUGCGUUUGAGGACACUAAAAAUGCAGAUUUUGUUCUAUGUAACACUGCGCAAGAGUUGGAAACUGAGACCAUAUCAGCCCUGCGGAAAAAAAUGUCAUGGUUUGCUGUUGGACCCAUUUUCUCAUCUGGGUUCACCGAUAGGAUUGUGUCCACCAGCAUGUGGUCGGAGUCUGAUUGCAGCCCUUGGCUCGGUAAAAAGCGAAAUGACUCGGUUCUAUACGUAUCUUUUGGUAGCUAUGCCCAUCUCACAAAGAAGGAGCUCGAAGAGAUAGCUCAAGGGCUUUCGCUAAGCAAAGUGAGUUUCAUUUGGGUGCUUCGCCCGGACAUUGUUAGCACUGAAGUUCCCAAUCCUCUACCGGAUGGAUUCCGGGAAGAAGUCGCCGGGCAAGGGAUGAUUGUACCCUGGUGUUGUCAGAAGGAGGUGUUGGCCCACCCUGCCAUCGGAGGGUUCUUGACACAUUGUGGGUGGAAUUCCGUUUUGGAAAGCAUGUGGUGUGAAGUUCCAAUGUUGUGUUACCCCUUGUACACUGAUCAAUUCACUAAUCGUAAAUUAGUGGUUGAUGAUUGGAAGAUUGGGAUUAACUUGAGUAAUCAGAAGAUUGUGACAAAAGAGGAAGUUUCAAAAAAUGUAAACCAUCUUAUGGGUGAAAAAUCUGGUGAGGCAUACAGAAAUUCAGUCAAGGAGGUGAAGAGAACCAUGGAAAAUGGAUUAAAGCCUGGUGGGUCAUCAGCCAACAAUAUGGAUCAAUUCAUCAAGGAUCUUAAAGCCAAAAUACAGAAUAUAAAAUAGUACAAGAUCACUUUUGAAAGACUACAUGUAUCUUCUGUAUCCUAGUUCUUUGUAUGAAUAGACAGUUAUAAAUUGAAUGCAUAGUUAAAUUAAAAAAUUAUAACAUGACAGUAUUCAAACCAAAGAUUGAACUCAUUUUCAUAAAUGAGAUUUUUUAGACAUUCGAAUUCGAAACUAGCUCUCUUUUGAAACCGAUUUCAAACUAGAUCUUGUUUGGACUCGACCUGAAUCGAAUCCAACUCUAGAUGGAAGCUCAUAUGGUAAAAAAAUUGUAUAUUUGAUUGCUGAGAUAUUGAUGUUGAUA